GAGAAGACAAGCGAGAAACACGUUUGACCUUUAGGAGAGGUCAGAAGUUCACCCAAGAGAGGCAGCCUGCUCUUUUUCCAUUUUGGUGUAGUUGUGGGAGCAAUUUUAAGAGGUGCUUCCUUAGUGAUGCAACUCUUUUGGCUGUGAAACUGAGGGUUUGUGUGACAAAUAUAAUAAAUGGAAAACUUAACAACUGACCCUCCCAUGGGACUCAAUCUUAAAUGCAACAUGACUGGGAACCACAACUACAUCUUCACAUUAAUCCCAGUGGUCUACAGCUGCAACUUCAUUAUUGGAAUGUUAGGCAACAGCAUGGUGGUAGCUGUCAUCUACUUCUGUUUGAAACUUAAGACUGUUGCCAACAUAUUUGUUUUGAACUUAGCUGUUUCAGACCUGACUUUCCUCCUCACCCUGCCCAUUUGGGCCAUAUACACUGCAACAGGCUACCAGUGGCCCUUCAGCGGGAGCUUCCUAUGCAAAGCUAUUGCCAGUAUGGCCCUCCUUAAUUUAUAUACAAGCAUUUUCCUCCUAACUGCUCUCAGCAUUGACCGCUAUCUGGCCAUUGUCCACCCAGUCCAGUCCCGACAGUGCCGGACAUUGGACUAUGCUCGUGUGACGUGUGUUGCAAUUUGGGUAGGGGCUUUGUUUCUGAGUCUGCCCACAGCUGUUGUCCGGAGGACCCACUUGAUCAAGCAUAUCAAUGUAACUGUAUGUGGCAUCCUGGACAAAGAAGAACAUCGCAAUAUGCUGGUUGCUCUCAGUCUGAUGAAGAGUGUGCUUGGGUUCGUUCUGCCCUUAACCAUCAUCCUCACAUGCUACUGUCUGAUUGGUAGGGCUCUGCUCAAAGCACGGGACAUUCAAAGAAAUUCAAAGUCAAAUGGGGAUGAGGUGUUGAGCAUGCUAGCUGUUGCUGUGCUGUCGUUUUUCCUGUGCUGGAUACCUCAUCAGAUCUUCAGCUUCAUUGACAUGCUUUUUCUGCUUAAAGUGAUCACCAACUGUAAUGUCAUUGAAAUCAUUGACACUGGAAUGCCUUUCACCAUAUGCAUUGCCUAUUUCAACAGCUGUAUGAACCCCAUCCUUUAUGGUUUCGUUGGGAAGAACUUCCGCAGGAGCUUGCUCAAGCUGCUGAGUUGCUCUUCAACGUCUGUUGCCUCUCAUCCCAAUCUGAGUACCAAGAUGAGCUCUCUCUCUUAUCGAGCCUCAGAGUCAGUCCACCUCUCCAUCAUUAAAACAUCCUCACUACCUCAAGCCACAUGAUCAAAGCAACAACAACAACAACAACAACAAAAACCAGUCUGGAAAUGAUGGAAUCCAAUUGAAUCAUUUUCUAAACUAUUACUCACUGUCUCUUGUUAUGUAUGACUUGAAUGGGAAUAAAAUGUUCUUCAUUCAUCCAUUUCUUUCAAGGUACUGUGUGAAGAGAUGUGUAAAUGCACAUGAAAUAUUUCAUUAUUUACAAGUCUUAGUACAGUUUAU